GGGUUGGGGGGGGUGGGGGGCACUGGGGGGCACUGGGGAGAGUGUGGAGGGGCUGUGGGGAGGGGCUGUGGGGAGGGGCAGGGUGCCCAGGUGAGGGGAGGACCCUCCGGGGCAGCAGCCUUUGGGUUUUGCCCAGGGCCCGUGGGGCCUGGCGGUGCGGGAUCCAAAGGUAGCUCCACAUCACCCGGCCUGCCCGCGGGUCCAAGGCUGCGCCUCACGCCUGGCAGCGCCAGCCUGCCUUUUGGUCUGGUUUAGCAGUAGGUGGCAUGCAAACAAGCGCCAAGCUGCCCCGCCAUCCCUAAAAUCGCUCGUGUUUUUCUUGGCAGGAGAAAGGAACUGCCCUGACCCCAGCCCUGGUGUGUUUGUUAGGUCCGGUGGGCUGGGGAGGCAGCACAGCGCCGGUGAGGGCAGAGUUUGGAGCUAGCAAAGAGGAGUUAUGUGGCGUUUUUAGCGCUGACAAACAACUCAGGCAGAAGAGAUCAUGGCUUCUGUCAAAGAGCAGGAGGCCAUCAGGAAGCUCAUGGUUUUCCUGCAAGAAUGGGACAGUGGUCACAAAGUUGCUCGAAGCCGCGUCCUGGACAGCUUCAUCAAAAGCAAUAAUGGCAAGACAGAACCAGAGCUGGAGCUGGAAUUCUCCCAGGGAGCCAGCUUGUUUCUGGCUCGCCUGACAGCGUGGCUCAGGAUGACCUACAUGCACAGCACGUGCCUUGACAAGCUGCUCAAGUCUAUUGGCAUCUUCUUAUCUGCUGCAGGCGGGCGCAGAUACCUUAUUGAAUUUCUGGAGAUCGGAGGUGUCAUGACUCUCCUGGAAAUACUAGGGCUGAACCACCUGAAAGAAGAGGACAAAAGGGAGUCUGUCAAGCUGCUCCAGCUCGUCGCAAACGCUGGCAGGAAGUAUAAGGAGCUCAUUUGUGAGAGCUACGUGAUUUCUUCUGAUGUGAUAUUGCUGUCCUGCUGGUUGCAACUGCUACAGUGAAAAUCACAAAACAGUUUCUAUUCUUACCUGCAGCGUCUGCCUACCUCUAGAGGGGUGCAAUGCCUUGCCUGAGUUGUUGGCCACCUCCACCUCAGCAGAGGCUCAAGAGGACGCGCAGGUUCUGCUGGACUCCCUGGGCCGCGGCAACCCCAAGUACCAGCACCAAGUCUACAAAGGCCUCAUCGCGGUG